AAAGGGGCGGGUCCAGGUCAGGUGACCCGAGUCCGCGUAGGAGGGUUCCGAGGUCUCCUCGUAGAGAUUGACUGGGCGGAGCGGCGGACGGACGGAGAGGCUGGGUAGGCCUCGGCGGCUGUAGCUGAGCAGCGGCCGGAUUUUCCUGAGGAGCUUCUUCACUCAAGAAUUUGCUGAGAGCCAAGGAUGGCAAGCAAGGGGCCCUCAGCCUCGGCGUCCCCUGAGAACUCCAGUGCCGGGGGACCCAGCGGCAGCAGCAAUGGCGCUGGUGAGAGCGGGGGGCAGGACAGCACCUUCGAGUGCAACAUCUGCCUGGACACAGCCAAGGACGCCGUCAUCAGCCUGUGCGGCCACCUCUUCUGUUGGCCGUGUUUACAUCAGUGGUUGGAGACCAGACCUAACAGACAGGUGUGUCCAGUUUGCAAAGCUGGAAUCAGCCGGGACAAGGUCAUCCCCCUCUACGGCCGGGGCAGCACGGGGCAGCAGGACCCCAGAGAGAAGACCCCGCCCCGUCCUCAAGGCCAGAGGCCCGAGCCGGAGAACAGAGGGGGAUUUCAAGGAUUUGGCUUUGGAGAUGGCGGCUUCCAAAUGUCCUUUGGAAUCGGGGCAUUUCCCUUCGGGAUAUUUGCCACGGCGUUUAACAUCAAUGACGGGCGGCCUCCUCCAGCUGUCCCCGGGACGCCCCAGUACGUGGAUGAGCAGUUCCUGUCCCGCCUCUUCCUGUUUGUGGCCCUGGUUAUCAUGUUCUGGCUCCUCAUUGCCUAAUGCUGGGCUCCCGGCCGCCGUCCAUGGCAGGGCCUCUGGACUGGUGCCACACCACCCCCACUCUGGAGAACCGCGAGCCCUGGACUCAGUGGACUCAGUAACCAUCAACGAAUCUUGCUUCUCCAUCAGAGCUUUAGGACUCAAGACUGUUGUCGAGAACCUUGGAGUGUGGCCACUGCCAUAAACACUCUGCCGUAACCUCAGGCCUUGGCACCGAGCCGUCUCUCCUGGGUUACAACACGAAACCCUGUUCCAGCCAGCUCAGUAGCUCCUGUCUGCACAGGGAAGAGGCAGAAGAGAGAAACUGGGGGUACUUCACCUGAGCUUAAUCUUAUAAGAACAAAUGGAUGAACCCCAUGUUAAUUGUGGAAACCUCCUUCCGUCUCAUUAAAUACCCCUUGUUACCAGUAAACGGCCUCUGCGGUCAGUGGGGGUCCUCAUCAGAGAGGCUCCCCUUCCAGACCUCAGUGCUGCUCUGCCCCGUUUCCUCCUCCCUCUCCCUCCUCAGCAGAGAUGCAGAAAUCGCUGUCCUAUAAAGAUCCUAAUUGCAGCAGCUGAAGCCGGAGGCGCAUCAUGAACUCACCAGAGACCCAGAGAUCUUUUAUUGGCUCUGGCCAUCCUCGGCGUCUUUAGCUCCAGAGAGCAGCUUGAAUGACCUCGUUGUUGUUUGGCACAGAUCAUCCUGGGAGACGUGUCUUCACUCACAGAUGUCUCGUCACCUUUCCCCCCAAACCACACACCUGCUCCUCUGCCAGAGGGCACAGCCUCCGCUACUGCUGGCGGAGGAAGGACCUGCAGUCGGACCGCAGCGGGAUUCAGACUCAGAUGCAGGAACAGCUGCGCGGCAGCCCUGUCCCCACGGCCACAGAAGCUCCCCGGCACCUCCUCCCAGACCUGCCCGAAGGUCAUGGGGUUUGUCAGGUCAGCCCCGCUGCACGGUGAAGACCAUCCGCCACGUUGUCCUUCAUGAAGAGGCAGGAGUGGAUCGGGGGACACCUUGGAUAUGUGCUAAAGCCAGGGAAGCUGUGGCUCCAGGCCAGGCAGCCGGUGAUGGGUUAAAGCCGGGCAGGGGCCUGGGGAGCCUCAGCACAGCGGUCCGUGGUGUGGCCUCUGUGGCAGUCAUGCUGCCCAAGCCCUUGGUUUGUCCUUGAGCUUCACACGCUUCUUUCUCCGCAUCCGUUGGAGGGAGCGUGGUGCCCGGCAAGAAGACGGUUCACUUGGUGGAACAGUCUGUCAGGCCUCUCCCUAGAAAUCCAGUCUGUUCCAGAGAUCCCCGCGGCUGGGAGGAGAUGGCCUCCUCAGAGGCCUCCGUCUCAUCACCGGGCCACCUCCAGCAAUAGCCUCACCUGAUGUUUUCCCCCCGGAUAUGGCGCUGCAUAGCAUACGGAAACCAGGACCUUAUCCAGGAUGGGGAGGCCCUCUUUUCCACUCCAUAGCCCCCUCUCCCUUUCUCCUCAUAAUCCGUCAAUGCCAGAGUUCAGUGUUAAAAGUCAAAAUUCAAGUAUUGAACAAGUGGUUCGUUUGCUGAAUCCAUUUGAUAAGAAGAAGCCAACAGCUUUCCAGUGUGCCUCGUGGAUUUUCAAUACCUUGGUGGCACCCGCUCAAUAGUGCUCUUUUUGUCACCUAGAAAUCCCCAAAGUGGAAGGUGCCCCGAGAGUUUCUCAGCUGGAGAGGGCCGGCGGGAUUCCUCAGGGCAGUGCCUCCACCUAGUGGUCGGGGAGAGAACGCCAAUCUGUUGGCCCCACGGAAGUGGGUUUCCAGAAGCACGGUUCAGGAAGGGAUGUGGGUAGGAAGGUGAAUCACUUGGACCUUUAAGAAGGAAACGGAGCGAGUCAGGAAAGGUCUCCCAGCAAAGCUAUAAUCACUCGGACUCUUAAAGGAAGUGAGCCCAGAGGAGCUCUCCCAGCAAGGUAUCCCAGGAGCCUGUUAGCAAAGCCAGUUGGCUACCUGCCCUUUGGCUUUUAGUCUUAUAGGUCCCCACUCGGCCUCUGCCAGGAGCUGGGGCAGGAGAGCCCAUUUGGGACCGCUGGCCCAGCCCUGAUAGGGAGCCCCCUUCCCACAACCCCCUGCAGGCUCCCCCUCUUCCCCCCUCCAAGGCCGUCUUCCUUUCUUUUGUGUGUGUUUUUUUAUGUUCUUAGCCUCUACUGCUCCUGCCGCCUUUGUGGAUCAGGACCAGGUCCCAACCACAGACAGAAAAUGAUACCAUGUACAGCGGCACACCCUGACCAGCUGCUAAUUUUCACUGUUGUGAAAGUGAUUUGAUUUAGAAUUAAAUGGUUUUACAUUA